GAUUUUGGAAUCUACCUCAAGCAAUUCACUAACAAGAUGGUGUUGGCAGUUGAUCUCUUGAACCCUACUCAUGAAUCUGAGAUGAGAAAGCACAAGCUCAAGCAGCUUGUCCAAGGCCCUCGCAGCUUCUUCAUGGAUGUCAAGUGCCCUGGUUGCUUCAACAUUACCACUGUUUUCUCCCACGCUCAAACCGUUGUUAUUUGCGGCUCUUGUGCUUCCGUUCUUUGCCAACCCACCGGUGGUAAGGCUCGCCUCAUGGAAGGCUGCUCUUUCAGGAGAAAGAACUAAAGCUCUUGAUGCUUUUCUGCAUUAUUAAUAUGCGAAAUAAAAUUUUGUCUUGAGCAUGUGGUAAUAAAUGUGGUUGUUUUAUUGUAUUUAUUAUCGUAGGAAAAUGUAAACAGAAGUACAUAUUAGAUCUUAAGUCGAAAAAGAAGAGGGAUGUAGACGUAAUGUAAGAAUUGUUUAUUAGUUGCAUUUCAUCGCGAG